AUAACAGUAGCAGGCAUUUCGUUGUGAAUGACAACAGCAGGCUGAGAUUUUUUCCAUAGUUUUUUACUGUGCGUGUGUUCUAUUGUAAAUGUACAAGCGUAACGCUUCAUAAUUAACUUAAUUUUUAGAUACGCUAAAUGAGUGAGUUACGUGCCUCAGGUAGGCGUAAUAUGGAUUCGCAUUCGCGCUAUGGACGCAGCUUUUCAGGAGGCAACAGCGCAGGAAGUGGCGGUGGGGGCGGGGUUAGCAAUAGCACCAACAAUCAAUACAGGCGCUACAGUCGCUCCCGUUCGCGAUCCCGUGAACGCAACAGGGAUCAGCCGGGAUAUAGGCGUCGAAAUUCGCGUUCGCGCAGUCGCGAACGUUCGAUGCAGCAUUAUCGCAACACGGGUAGCGCUGACAAGGAUCUGUAUCGCGAUUUAAUCAACGAUGACUACAACGAGGAUCGUGGCAGCAGCAACAAUAGCUACAACAACAGCAGUAACAACUAUAACAAUUCGCGCAACAAUUAUCACAAUCGUCGUGAUGGUGAUAACUAUGAUAGUGAGCGUGAACGCGAUCGGGAGCGGGAUCGAGAUCGAGACAGGGAUCGCGAACGUGAACGAGAUCGCGAUCAGCGCUGGAAAAACUACGAGCGGGAACCACGGGAACGUAACGCUGACUAUGACAGGGGCAUGGAGCGAAGUCGCGAUUAUCGAUCGCAUAACAACGGCAACAACAAUGGCAACAACAGCGCAGCUCCUGGAGCCAAUCGUGAUCGGGAUAGACGUUAUCCUUCCGAUGAGGAUAGCUAUGACAGCGAUGAGAGCGACGAUAGCCAAUACCGUCGCAACCACAUCCGCACCAGCAACGAGGCACUGCAUCAAAUAAUCAUAUUUGAUUUAAAAAAACACAUCACAGAAGCUGACAUUAUGAGCGCGUUGAUACAAGUGAACAUGGAGCCCUCUUCUAUACGACUGAUACGCAAGCGACCUACAGGUGCAUCACGCGGUUUCGCAUUUGUCGAGUUUAAUACCGUUGAGGAAGCAAAACGUUGGAUGGAUAUAACCCAGGGCACCUUGGAGCUGGGCGAUCAACGCGUCUCGCUGCAAUACAGUCAUAAGCGGAUCACCGAUUGGCAUUGCAUUAAGUGUGGCGUCUUCAAUUUCAAGCGUCGCUUCUCCUGUUUCCGUUGCAUGGCAUCCCGAGCGGAAAGCGAAAGCAUUUUCUCUGGCGGCGGCGAGGGCAUCGACGAAGUUAGUCCAAUUCUAACAAAAAAGAUCAUGCUGCGGAAUUUGGACGCGCUGACGAACGAGGAGAGCGUGCUAACUGCAUUACAGAAGGUGCUGCCAAAAUUGGCUAAGACAAUCAGUAAGGUGCUCAUCAGUCGAGAUACAUUAACUCAAACUUCGCGUGGCAUUUGCUAUUUAAAUUUUGAGACUCUUAUCGAUUCGAUGGAGGUGCACAAUGCGCUAUCAACGUUGGAUCCGCCGCUAAGGAUCGAUGAUCGUGAUGUGUGCAUCAGUUACUGCAUGGAUGCAGAGAAUCGUCAGCCAAAGGACUCACAAAUUAGUAGCACCGGCGGCCUUCAAGGCGGGGCCUUGGACGCUGUUCCUCCUUCUGAUGCUGGCGGCGUUUAUACCUUAGCCGAUGUGCCACGCCUCGCCGAGUAUAGUGCCUCGUUGUACGCCUCCACUCCAGCGGAGCAUGCACACUAUGUGCAGUAUUAUACGGAUUAUUAUGUGGCUGAGAUUAAGAAGGGCGGCGGACAGUUUGGCGGUGGAGAAACCCAGUUAACGGAGGCUAAUUCUGGCGCCGCUGUUGCCCUCUCCGCCAUACAGCGCAAGCAGAAAAAGAUGAGCAGUAUUGAGACGACAGCCACGGCAGCGGCAACGGCGGCUGCCCAGGCGGCUGCUGCAGUGAAAGCAACCUUUGCGGCACAGAAUGUGAUUGCGCCUAGAGGAAAUGAUGGCAAAACGUAUCCCACGCCAGAUGUCUCACGCUAUCAAUAUGAUGAAACGUCUGGCUAUUAUUAUGAUCCCAGCACGGGCUUGUAUUACGAUGCCCAUUCGCAGUACUAUUACAACAAUGAGACAGGCGCCUAUUUGUAUUGGGACCAAAGGCGUAGCACCUACAUACUAGCCACGCCGGCCUCCACACAAGCGGCACUGCAGGAGUCGCUUGCGCAGGAGGCACAGGCUGACAAGGAGGAGGAGUCAACCAAGAAGGAUAAAAGCAAAGACAAAGACAACAAUAAGCAUGACAAGGUUAAGGUGGCUAAAAAGAUUGUUAAGGACAUGGAAAAGUGGGCCAAGCAAUUGAAUCAGAAAAAAGACUAUACAGUGGUGGCCACACCGCAGCCCAUUCUGCCGGGACGCGGUGAUCCUGGCGAGGGUCCGAGCACAUCACGCGCUGCAGCGGGUGCCUAUGCCGACGUGGGUUUCUCUAUAUUAGAGAAGAAGGAGCGCGGCAAACUGAGCGACUAUGUACCGGCUGCUCCUCCGAUAAAUAAGCUUGUGAAUGCUUAUGGAGGUGGCUCUGACUCGGAUGAGGAUAACGGAGGUGGCACAGGUGCACAAGCUGGUGGUCCUGUUGAUGAAAUGGACUAUGUGGAUUUCCAGAAGCUCACCUGUCUACUGUGCAAGCGUGCCUUUCAAUCUCAUGACAUACUGCAGAAGCAUUUAAAAAUGUCCAAUUUGCAUAAGGAAAAUUUGGCCAAAGUAAAUGCGGGCAGCGCUGUCGGCGGCAGCAGCGAAGAUACAGCGAACGCGGGCUUAUCUUAUCGUGAUCGCGCCAAGGAGCGACGUUUAAAAUAUGGCGAGGGUGAUCCUCCACCACCGAAUCGCAGUCGCGAGCGGUUCGAGCAUGAGAUCAAGAAUUUGCAGACACGUCAAAAGGAUACUGGAGCAGCACCUGCCAUGCCCAUUAGCUCAAACAAUGUGGGAAAUCGCUUGCUUCAGAAAAUGGGUUGGUCGGAGGGUCAAGGUCUGGGGCGCAAGAAUCAGGGACGCACGCAGAUUAUAGAGGCUGAGGCUCGUUCGAAUAAUGUCGGACUUGGCAACAAGAGCAGCACGUUGGCACCUGGCGACGAUUACAAAACGUACAUUAAGAAGAUGAUGAAGUCUCGCUAUGAGAAUGCCUAAACUCAAUAGUUCAUUUAAGUUGUUUCCUUAUCGUAUUUACUAUUUUAAGUUUGAUUUGUCUGUAUUUGAAUUCGCUGCAUACAAGUUGUUUACCUCAGACUUCACAAAUUUAUAUCAUGUCAUCUAGCAAUCGCAUUA